CCACAAUGGCCCUGGCUUCCACCAAUAUCUUAAUUUCUCCUGAAAUUUACCAAUUGAAUACCGCAUCGAUGGAAUUGACCCCGCAGCUGACUAGAGGUACACAUGUAUAAUUAUGUAUAGUUUGGUCAUAAGUAACAUGCUAUACAUACACGUAAUGAGUCGUAGUUUCGGAUGUGCAGCGAAUACAGAGAUAUUUUAAAUUGUAAUAAAUUUGAUUUCACCUGUAGGAAUGUUCGAUAUUGUAAUAUGAUAUUUGACUGCGGUUAGCAAAUAGCAGAAUUCGAAAUGUAAAAAUGCAUAGCGUAAGCAUAAUUAAUAUUUGGCUCGUUACUUCACAGCUAAGUAGUCAACGCUACAACGAACUUUAUCGUCUGCUAGCCACUGCUAGCAACAAGGUGGCGUCAAGUAUCGAUUGUGUACGUUGUGUAUAGGGCGGCCGGCAUGUCGACGAAUGCCACAGUUUUUACAAUUUUCUGUCAAACGGUCGGCAAAGUUGUUGGCUAAAUAUCGAAACAUGGACCGGGGAUGAUGCCAGGCACCUCGCGUCAGUUUGGAGCCUCCGCUAGUGGACCAGAAUGGGACACAUUAAUGGAGGUUCAUCAUGAACCUAUCGAAAAAAAUUAUGAACUCCAUGAGGAGAUUGGAAAAGGUCAAUUUGCUGUGGUCAGAAAAUGCAUAGAACUAAAGACUAACGCAGUAUUUGCUGCCAAGAUUAUGAGGAAGCGGAGGGUUGCCAGGGGAGUAGCCACAGCUGAUAUUGCAAGAGAAGCAGGUCUUUUGGCAAGAUUGAGACAUCCAAAUAUCGUGUCUUUGCACAAAGUUAUUGACACAGGUACAACUGUUGUUCUCCUAUUAGAAUUGAUUACCGGAGGUGAAUUGUUUCAUUGGACACCAUCCAGCGAAGUUGAAGCUACGCACGUGGUGCGACAAGUUUUACUGGCUUUAAGUCACUUACAUUCCCAUCAAGUAGCGCAUUUGGAUAUUAAGCCUGAAAAUAUACUUUUGUCUACACCCCCACCCAUGCCAAGCAUUAAGCUAAUCGAUUUGGGACUUUCUCAUCGUUUGACACCUGGUUCGGAACAUCGAGCUCUCUUUGGAACGCCAGAAUUCGUGGCCCCAGAAAUUGUCAAUUACGAACCUCUUAGUCUUGGAACAGAUCUAUGGGCUGUUGGGGUCUUGACUUAUAUUCUUUUGAGUGGAGCUUCACCAUUUUUGGGUGAAGAUAAGCAAGAAACAUAUGCUAACGUUGCUUCCUGCCAAUAUCAAUUUGACAAUGAAUACUUUAGCAGUGUUUCUACACUAGCCAAGGAUUUCAUUCAGUCUUUAUUAGUCAAAGAUGCAAAGGAAAGAGGCAGCGCGGAAUCAUGUCUCAAGCACCCAUGGAUAAUGACGGGCUCUGACGGACCUCAGGGUCUCAGGGGAGCUAUGAUGAGUGCUGUUAAACGUGGAUGCAUAGAAGCUGUAUUACAGUUACUGCAGCAAGGAGCACCACUCAAUGUAACGGAUUUGAAGGAAGACACGUUGUUGCACACAGCUUGCGAAACUGGCAACGAAUCGAUGGUAUCAUUACUGAUAGAUAACGGCGCAGAAUUAGAUGCUGCCAAUAAAAAGGGUUUGACUCCGCUGCAUGUGGCCGCUCGGCAUGGUCAUAUUAAUUUGGUGCGGUUAUUGUGUCAUGCCGGUUGUGACGUAGAUAAAACUAAUCGCGGAAUUCGAGCUGAUGUGACAGCAAUUAAACAUGGUCAUCUUGAGAUAGCCAAUUUGUUGGACAAAUUGAGAAAUCCAGUGCAGAGGGAUAAUUAUAUACGACAACUACAGCCAACCCAAAGACCCAUAGAACGUCUUCAUAUCCGACUUUUGGGGCAUUGUGCGUCGGGAAAAUCAUCUCUAGUACGUUCUCUCAAGUCAGGUCUCUUCAGUUUUGGAUUUUUCCGAAGAUCCCGGAGUCAGAACUGUACUGCAAAAAGAGAACCAAGUAUUGAAUUGGAUGUAACCAGCAAACACGGCUCCUUGAGUUUCGAAUAUAGUGACAGUGAAUAUGAAGGUACUUUGGGGGUGGAAUGGAGUCGUGGAAACGCAGGAGGUGAUUGUGUGUUUUGGGAGUUAUGCGGCCGUGAGGAAUAUUUAAUAGCAUACCAUCAUGUUUUGACAUAUCAACAGCCUGCUGUUCACCUUGUUACAAUCAGUCUCAGAGAACCAUUAACUGUUCAGGUACAGCAAGCAAGGUUCUGGCUGCGAUACAUUUUAGAUCGUAUUCAACCAACCAAUAUCGGAUUUGGGGGCAGAUGUAGUGAUGUGAAAGUAAUAUUAGUUGGAACUUAUGCUCCUGAAACUCCAGUUCCUACUUCUAAUGGAGUAAGCCUUCUAGCUCCACUCCUGCCCCUGUUAAGUGAAUACAUGUCAAUUUUGGGAGAUGAACCUCAGCUGGUUGCACUAGAUGCAACGAAUCCAUCCAGCCCUGGACUUAAGCUUCUUAGAACCUAUUUAAAUUCCAUCAGAGCACAAUUUAAUGAGGGAGGAGGGGGAGCUACGGAAACUUUUCGUCAAAGUCACGACUCGAGUGCCGCACCCACGUACGCGCCCUUGGCAAAUCUUGAAUUGCAGGGAGCUUUGCUAUGGACAGGGCUGGUAGAAGUAUGGAGGUCACAUUUGCAGACCAUGGAAGAAACACCAGUUAUGUUAACUCUUGAGGAGCUAUUGGCAGACGUGAGAAAAGUUAAUCCUUUGACAUCUUUAGAUCAUUGUAGACAACUUGGACAACAGCUACAGGCCUUAGGAGAAUGCGUACUUCUACCUGAUGAUUUGGUAGUACUCAAUCCCGAGUGGCUUUGGCGAGACGUUAUUGGUUGGCAAUUGAGUCCAGAACACAGAGGUCGUUUGGGAGGACGUACUACCGGAGUUUAUACAAUGGAUGACUUUCAAGCUAGGUGUCCUUGUCCAGCUGCUCAAGCACUGCAAGCUCUCCAAGCUAUGAAUCUCUGUAUACCGUGUGAAGUUGACGAAGAUGAAGUGGAGUUUGAACUUCCCUGUUUGAAUUUGAUAGAACGAUUGCCUGGCCUUUGGGAACCUUGGAAGUCUUCUCCUACAACCUUGCCCCAUGCAGGAUUGCGGUUUUGCCUAGGAGAAGCGUCAUUAUACCACUUGUCACCUAUAUUUCCUCAUUUGCAGGCCCAGUUGCGAAAAAUCACACAGUCUUGGGACCCUCGCGAUUCGGAUUUAUAUCAGUGGUGGCGGGGAUCAAAGUUAUGCGUGGGAGCCUGUGAGAGUAUAGUUACUUUAGAAGAAGAAGAUCAAGGUUACAUAGAGGUAAGAGUUCGCGGACCUCGAGGAACUAGCCGUCAAUGUGCAGGAUUAUUCAACGUCAUUCUUGAUGCUCUGGAUACCACUGUGGAAAUUGUAGCUCCGGGUAUGCUGCUAGAAAAGCAUUGGUUAAGCCCCAGUCAGCUUCGAGACUAUGAUGAGGUGAUACAUAGCUGGGAACCAGCAACGUUUCUUUCAGCACUGAUUGAUUUGAGCUUAGAUGAAGCGAUAAUGAAGAAUCCAUUCAAUGGGCAGCAAGAAAGUAUUUGGGAAAUCGUUGGGUUUGGUUUAUCAUUAAACCAUGAAACAAUAUCUGGUACACGAUUACCAGUAAAGCAGAUAAAGGCCAGUGUCCAAAGACGAUUAGCCCAGAUGCUGGAUCCUCCAGAAUCUCAUGGCAGAGAUUGGUGUCUCCUUGCAGUUAGGCUUGGUCUUGGUGAUCGAGUAGCACAGUUUGAUAGUACAACAGAUAGUCCAACCCUACGACUGCUGAACUGCGCUGGAACUGAUUCCACUGUAGGCUCUUUAGUCCAACAGCUUCAAGCGUUAGGACGCGAGGACGCUGCUCAACUGCUGUUGUCGCACACACCAACACAUUAUAUGUCAACUUUGAUUGAUUCUGAAACUGGCUCUAACUUAUCCAGAUGACGAUACAAUGAUUAUAAAUACCAAAUGAGCACAUUUUAAGGCUUAAGAAUAUUUCUUACUGAAUCUCUAUUCGAUGAAAUUUGCCAAAAAUUCAAUAUUUCCGCCCAUGCUUUGAAUUAUACUUUCAACUUAGAUAGGUUAUUGAUGAAUAUUGUGUCAUAUGGUGAUAAAUUUAGGAGUAUGAAAUACGAAUGGUCCUGAAGUCUGAUUCACAUAUUGAUUAUGUUGAUUUGAAUUGUCUACUUAUUUUAAAAAAGAAAUAUCUACGGUGUCAAGUGUGUUAAUUGCAAAACAAAUAUUGACCAAAUUAUAUGUCUAUUGCAACAUGAGUUUCAUCUGUAAAAUUUACUUUACUGAAACUGUUCAUCAUUGUUAGUUCCGUUAUAGAAAUUCAAAGUUGAAGUAUUUUCAGUCUACUCCAUUAAAUUUAUAGAGCGUUAUGUGUAUUUCUGAAUACGAUUGAAUCGUAUUACUUUCGUGCUAAAAUACAUGUUCUAGUUAAUUUAACCAUUAGGUAUUUUGUAGUGAGUAUUGCUACUUAAUAAUAAGAUGUUCAAAUUUUUUGCGUGGACAGUGAAUUACGAUUUUACCCAUGAAUUGCCGAGCAAUUUAUUUACGUACUUAAUGAACACCAGUUCUAUCUCAGUUUAGCAUUGGUAGCUUUUACAACUCUGAUAUGUAAAAAGAGUAAUACCUGUGACUGUUUCUUAUUUAUUCAAUAUUCUCUUGAGUUUCUUAUAAUAUUUGAUCUCAAUAACAUGAAUCUGUUCGAGUGAAUUCACUAUGAUGUUAAGACAGUAGAAAUUCAAGUAGUAUAUCUUGUUCAUGACACAAAUUAUUCGAUAAUGAUAACAAUUAAAUCAAAAGCAAUAUUACAGACUGACUGGUACUUAAAACACUUCCGAUCAAUGAGUUGCAAUUUUUCAAUUAAAAUGUAGCUUACACAUUGUUCAUUUCCCCAGUUAUUGGGUAAAAUAUUACGGAAAAUGGUCUAUAAACUGCUAUCUUACUUACUGACUUGAGAUGGUAUUUUGUUCUUAUGGCACAACGUCCAAGAUAUCUUGAAUUUUUGCUUGAAAAUCAAUCGAAUUCUGUCACAUAAGGCGGUAGUAUGUCAAUUUGACAUAUAGCCCUCCUUGUCUGGCAAUGUGCCAAAAAAAUACGAAGGCUUGUUUUCUAUGUGGAUACGUUACCAUUUCCGGCCCUAUGAUUGUAAUUACGUGUAUGUUUCGUUGUACGUAUUAAAUAUAAGUAAUAUACGGAGCGCUUACUGUGGUACGAUUACUUAUUGCAAAGUGUACUUUACAUUUGAACUAUUGUUGUUGAUGCCUUCACUAUGUGCCAUGAGCUCAGUCCACUCACAAUAAGCACCAUGUCUAUAAUUAAUACUUGUUAUAUUUAAUUUAUUAGAAACUUAUAUGGGUAACGUAUAAUUAAGUAGUAUCAAAUUGACGAUAACCGUUGAGAUGGUCAAAAUAUUCAAGUUGUGAAUUUACUUUUUGAGGCAUUAAGAUUGAAUUAUUUGGCAGGUUGUGCAGUUUUUCUUCUUUCUCUUGAUACUUGUCUCGGAGAAUUUGGAUGCUGAUCAUUCUUUGUUUGUAGCUUUUGUGUUUGUCAAUACAUGAUGGUAUGGAUUUAAAGUAAAACAUGAUGAUCAAUUACUAGAA